ACACUAGAUGUCAGGAUUUGUUAGCUAUCUACCGGGAAAAGUUGAAAAAAAACAGUUUGAAUUCACUCGGUAAUAUCUAAAAAAAGAGGCACACGGCUAUUUUUGCACAAAACAAGAACAAGGUCAGAUGAUGGCAUUGCCAAAAAGAACAUUUAACAAGGAAGGCAUUAGCUGUUAAUCUACAUUAAUCCACAUACUGUGAGUUGUACACGAAAAUCAUUAUUACCGAGCCAUUAAAAGUAGAACAUUAUUUUUGUUUUAAUACAGGCAAAAGGGACAUAACAAUGGCCAGCGUGCCUUUAAUAUUUGCGGAGGAAGGUGUUGAGGAUGGUCGAAAGGAAGACAUUUUUACAAACUUUGAUCAUAAUUUUGCACGCAACGACAAUAUUUACAAUGCCAACAUUCAGAUUCGCAUGGCUUUCUUGCGCAAAGUAUAUGGAUUAUUAAGUAUGCAGUUACUGAUGACAGUAUUUGUAGCUCUUAUAUUCAUGGUGUGCGAGCCAAUAAAGUUUUUUAUUCAACAAAAUACAUGGACGAUAUAUGUUUCAUGUUUUCUGAUGAUUGGAAUUACAAUUCCUCUUUAUAUUAAGAGAAAAGAUCAUCCUGCCAAUUUGAUACUUUUGAGUGCCUUCACUUUGUCAAUGGCCUACAGUAUUGGUGUUUUAGUAUCGUUGAUUGAUAAAUCCAUUGUUCUCGAAGCACUCUUCAUUACUCUGACUGUUGUCAUUGGAUUGACAGCUUAUACUUUCCAAACAAAAAGAGAUUUCACAUUCUUGAGUUCUGCGUUAUUUACAGGAUUGUGUGUGCUAAUAGUCGCUGGUUUUUUACAAAUUUUCAUACACAACACUCUACUAGAACUUGCGAUAUGUAUUGGCGGUAUAUUGCUAUUUUCUUUAUAUAUUAUAGUUGACACGCAAUUAUUAAUGCUCAGACAUUCACCAGAAGAGUAUAUCCUAGCUACAAUCCACCUCUAUGUGGAUAUAAUAAAUCUGUUUCUUCGCAUCCUGCAAUUAAUUAUGAUCUUAAAAAAGUAAAUAUCUUAUUAUCCGAUGUUAUCUACGUAAAUUGUGCUUUAUGUCUCUGUUUCCAAACUUUUUGUAAGUUUAAGCUGUCAUAUUAACAGUUUGCUUUGUCAGAUAGUAUUUAGUAUGAAAAGCACUUCAGCUAUACCUUUAAUAUAUUCAUGAACUAUCUAUUUAUUUAAGUAUUGAUAUGUUGUCAAAGUCAUUUAUUGGAGUCCUUUCAGGGAACAGUCUGACACAAUUGAAUACAUUUGAUCAAUUUUUUAUUUGUCUUUCAAAACUAUUUAAAUAAUUUUUUAAUAAUUGUUAAUUUGUAUGCAUAGCUGUUUGCACUUUCAGAAAGGUGAUGGUGACAGUGGGAGCUUAUUUGCUUUUAAAUAUGAAAUCCUUUAUAUUAAUUGUGUUAUCAGUUAGUCAUUGUAUAAUUCUUUAUUGUCUAUUGAAAAUUAAUAAAGUCUAUAAAAGUA